UCCCCCACUCCCGGUCCCCCCAGUUGGGCGCCGCUUUCCCGGGAGCAGCACCGGCCCUUCCCCGUGUCCCGGGAGCCCGAGGCGCCAUGGACGGAGCGCGGAGCCUCCCGCGGCUGCUGCCGCUGCUGGCCCUGACCCUGCCCGCGGGUUGGGGGGUCCAAGUGGAGCACAGCAUCAUCCAGACGGAAUUCUACCAGAAAUCCCUGGAUUCGGCUCCGGACAGCGAAGAGUUCAUGUUCGACUUCGACGGCGACGAGAUUUUCCACGUGGAGAAGGAGGAGACGGUUUGGAGGCUGCCGGAAUUCCAGGAAUUCGCCAGUUUCGAGGCGCAGGGGGCGCUGCAGAACCUCGCCAUCGACAAGCAGAACCUGGAGAGCUCCAUGGCCGCCCACAACCGAUCCCGCAUUCCCAGCGAGCCCCCGGAAGUGGCCGUGUUCCCCAAGCACCCGGUGGAGGACGAGGAGCCCAACAUCCUGAUCUGCUCCGUCACCAAGUUCUGGCCGGCGGCGCUGGGGGUGACGUGGCUGCGCAACGGGGCGCCGGUGACGCGCGGCGUCCUGGAGACGCCGAUCCCGGCCGGGCCCCGCCCGAUCCCGGGGGAUUCCAACCCAGUUCCGGCCUCGGGGGUUCCUCCAGCCCAAUCCCAGUUGGAUCCGACCCAAUUUCAGGGGAUUUCAACCCAAGAAUCCAACCCCAAUUCCAGAAGGUUCCUGGUGGAAUCCCAAACUUUGGUGUCCCUCAAACCCAAUCCCAGUUGGAUCUAACUUAACCCAACUGGUUCCAACUCAAUCCCAGUUGGAUCCAACCCAAUUUCGGCAGAUUUCAACCCAAACAUCCAACGGCAAAUCCAGAAGGUUCCUGGUGGAAUCCCAAAUUUUGGUGUCCCUCAAACCCAAUCCCAGUUGGUUCCAACCCAAUCCCAACUGGUUCCAACUCAAUCCCAGUUGGAUCCAACCCAAUCCCAGUUGGAUCCAACCCAAUUCCAGGGGAUUUCAACCCAAACAUCCGACCCCAAUUCCAGAAGGUUCCUGGUGGAAUUCCAAACUUUGGUGUCCCUCAAACCCAAUCCAAACUUGAUCCUACUCAAUGAAAGAUGGAUCCAACCCAAUCCCAGUUCAAUCGAACUCAAUCCCAGUUAGAUCCAACCCAAUCCUAGAUGGAUCCAACCCAAUUCUAGGAGAUUUUAACCCAAAACUCCGACCCCAAUUCCAGAAGGUUCCUGGUGGAAUUCCAAACUUUCGUGUCCCUCAAACCCAACCCCAGUUGGAUCCAACCCAAUUUCAGUGGAUUUCAACCCAAUUUUAGGGAAAUCCAACCCAAUUCCAGAAGGUUCCUGGUGGAAUCCCAAACUUUGGUGUCCCUCAAACCCAAUCCCAGUUGGUUCCACCUCAAUCCCUGUUGGAUCCAACCCAAUUUCAGGGGAUUCAAACCCAAAAAUCCAACCCCAAUUCCAGAAGGAUCCUGGUGGAAUUCCAAACUUUGGUGUUCCUCAAACCCAAUCCAAACUUGAUCCUACUCAAUGAAAGAUGGAUCCAACCCAAUCCCAGUUGGUUCCAACCCAAUCCCAGUUGGAUUCUACCCA